CAAUCGAAAUGUUCAAAGCCAGCUCUGCCACCGCCGUCAUUCUCCUCUUGAGCCUAGUGGCUCUGAGCACAGCUGAGCCACUGCGUCGGAGAUUCUCAGCUCGACAGGUCCAGGCCCCGGCCAGUCCAACUCCAACGGGGUAUCCAGAGGCGGGCGUUACACCCGAGGUUCCCUUCGAUCUGCCCAGCUCUACCGCCAAGCCGGAUGUGACUUAUCUGCCUCCCGAUAACACAUAUGGACCUCCAGAUAAUACCUACGGACCACCUGCCAGCGCAGAUGUGGAGCCUGAACAGGACGAGCAGCCCGAAGAUCAGCCAGAGAACCCCAUCGAAACCGAUGACAUUCCACCUGUCGACGAUGAGGCUGUGGGCGAUGCCAAGCAGCAGCCAGCAGAGGAUGAAGAGGAGGAGGUCCUGGUUCAAGUGUCCGACGAUGGCACUGUCAUUGCCGUCUCCUCGUCCCUCGAUCAGCCACAGCCCGCCCAGUUGGCACGCCUCUACCAGCGCUUUCCCCAGGGUCGCCGCCGUGAGCAGCCCGUUCCACAGAGAUUGAUCCUGCGUCGCAGUUGGUGAAACCCUUAAACUUUCCACAGAUACAACACAUAU